AUGGCGUACUACAACCAAGGAGCCCCUCCUCCAGUCCCAGAUCGAAACUUUUUGUACUCUGUAUUUCAAAGGGUGGAUAGAGAUCAAAGUGGUGCCAUAAAUUCAGUCGAAUUGCAAGCAGCAUUGUCGAAUGGAACGUGGACCCCGUUCAAUCCUGAAACGGUCAGACUCAUGAUCGGAAUGUUCGAUCGUGAUAACUCAGGAACUAUAAAUUUCGAUGAAUUCGGUGCCCUGUGGAAGUACGUAACAGACUGGCAACAGUGCUUCAGGUCCUUUGAUCGAGAUAAUUCUGGUACAAUUGAUCGUGGGGAGCUACAAAACGCACUGACAACCUUUGGGUACCGCCUUCAACCCCCCACCGUCGACAUCAUGCUAAAAAAAUUCGAUCGGAUUGGGAGAGGAACUAUUGCAUUUGAUGACUUUAUUCAGUGUUGUGUUGUUCUUCAUACGCUGACUUCCUCCUUCCGUCAAAUCGACACAGAUCAAGAUGGAGUAAUUCAGAUUCAUUACGAACAAUUUUUGCAAAUGGUCUUGGGAUUGAAAAUGUAGAAUGUGUAAUAACUCCAACAAGACGGGUUAAUGUCAUUCCUUGCGACUAUUCAUUUUAUGCCAUUCAUAACGCUAAAAAAACUUUCCUACUCAACUAUGAACUUUUCGUAUUUCAUAUUCAUUCACAAAGUUUGUACAUUGUCAGGUUAUAAUAAAUAGGGGAUGUGAAAUUUACAUCUAUGGUGGUUAACUAAACAUGUUCCAACUUAGUAAUUAUAUGCAUUAAAAUGAACAUUGUACAAAGAGAA